AUUAGAAUACAGAUUACAGAGUACAGUGAAUUAUUGGUAGAAUACAUUAAUCUGUCAGUUUUCAGCUAAUAUGGAUUUGAGUACGACAUUUCAGAAGCUUUCUGUGGAAAAUGAUAAUCGUUCUCCCUUGAAGAUAUCAAUUAAAGAAUCCCCGCGAGGAAAGAUGCACGUUAUUAAACGCAAUGGCCGUAAAGAGGAUGUUCAUUUUGAUAAAAUUACUUCCAGAAUUGUCAAACAGUGUUAUAACUUGGAUAUGAAUUAUGUAGAUCCAUCUGCUGUAGCGAUUCAAGUGAUACGUGGUUUAUAUUCUGGAGUAACUACAGUUAUACUUGAUAAUCUGGCAGCUGAAACUGCUGCUACAAUGGCAACUAAACAUCCUGAUUAUGCUAUACUAGCUGCAAGAAUUGACGUAUCUAAUCUACACAAGGAAACCAAGAAAAGUUUUAGUGAAGUCAUGCAUGAUUUAUAUUAUGCCAAGAAUCCUGUCACAAAUCAACAUAAUCCAAUAAUCAGCAAACACUAUUACAAUAUUAUUAAGAAUAAUGCAGAGAAACUGGAUUCUGCUAUAAUAUACGAUCGUGAUUUCAAUUAUAAUUAUAUUGGUUUUAAAACGCUUGAGAGAAGUUACCUGCUGAAAAUCAAUGGUAAGAUAGUCGAGAGGCCUCAACAUAUGUUGAUGAGAGUAGCUGUUGGUAUUCAUGAAAAUGACAUUGAUAAAGUCAUAGAAACAUAUAAUUAUUUGUCUGAACGAUAUUUUACACAUGCUUCACCAACUCUAUUUAAUGCUUGUACUAAUAAUCAGCAGAUGUCCAGCUGCUUCCUCCUAACUCUCGAAGACGAUAGUAUAAAGAGUGUAUUCGGCACCCUAAAAAACUGUGCGCUCAUUAGCAAAUAUGCUGGAGGAAUAGGACUUAAUGUACAUUGCAUUCGUGCCAAAAACAUGGAAGAUACUAGUACAAAACGAACCAAUGGUUUGGUUUCCAUUUUAAAGUUGUAUAAUGAUAUGGCCAUUUAUGUUGAUCAAGGCGGUAAUAAAAGACCCGGAGCAUUUGCUAUUUAUUUGGAACCAUGGCAUGCCGAUAUUUUCGAUUUUUUGGAACUUAAGAGAAAUAUUGGUGAUGGAAACAUGCGAGCUAGAGACUUAUUUUACGGUCUAUGGAUACCAGAUCUUUUUAUGGAACGUGUAUAUAAUGACGAGAUGUGGAGCCUAAUGUGUCCACAUGAAUCUCCUGGCUUAUCUGAUGUUUGGGGAGAUGAAUUUAAAGAAUUGUAUACUGGAUAUGAAAAGGAAGGUCGCUAUAGAAAGCAAGUGGAAGCUAGAUCUGUAUGGCUCGCCAUUCUCAGAUCCCAAGUAGAAACUGGAACACCUUAUAUGCUUUACAAAGAUCAUUGCAACCGAAAAUCGAAUCAUCAGCAUAUAGGCACUGUCAAAUGCAGCAACUUGUGCACUGAAAUUAUUGAAUACUCGGGUCCUGGAGAAGUCGCUGUAUGCAAUUUAGCAUCUAUCGCUGUCAACAUGUUCGUUAAUGACACUAAAACUUUCGAUUUCGAUAAACUUAAAACAGUCGCGAAAAUCGUCACUCGUAAUCUAGAUAAAGUCAUCGAUGUUAACUUUUAUCCUAUCAAAGAAACGAAAACAUCUAAUCGUAGACACAGACCUAUUGGUAUAGGAAUACAAGGUCUAGCCGAUGCGUUCCUGUUAAUGCGAUAUCCCUUCGAGAGCAAAAAAGCGAAAGAACUCAACAUUAAAAUCUUCGAAACGCUUUAUUAUGGCGCCUUAGAAGCUAGUUGCGAAUUAGCUGCGGAAAAGGGUACUUACGAGUCAUAUCAAGGUAGCCCAGUCAGUAAAGGCAUUCUCCAAUAUGAUAUGUGGAACGUUAAACCGACAAAUUUAUGGGAUUGGGAUGAAUUGAAAGCGAAGAUCGCGAAACACGGAGUAAGAAAUUCUCUUUUAAUAGCACCUAUGCCAACGGCCUCGACGGCACAGAUUUUAGGAAACAACGAAUCCAUUGAACCGUAUACAAGCAAUAUAUAUGUGAGGCGCGUAUUGUCUGGAGAAUUUAUCAUUGUCAAUCCACAUUUACUGCGAGAUUUAACCAGUAGAGGUCUAUGGGACGAAGAUAUGAAGAACGAGAUACUCGCGAAUUUUGGAUCUGUUCAAAACAUCGAACGCAUUCCCGAUGAUUUGAAAGAGCUUUACAAGACGGUCUGGGAGAUACCGCAAAAAGUAAUUCUCGAAAUGGCGGCUGAUCGAGGAGCUUUUGUUGAUCAGUCGCAAUCUCUAAACGUUCAUAUAGGAGAUCCGACAACGGAGAAGCUGACAUCAAUGCAUUUUUUCGGCUGGAAAAGUGGCCUAAAGACUGGCAUGUACUAUCUGAGAACGAAACCAGCCGCAAAUCCUAUACAAUUUACAGUGGACAAGUCAAAAUUACAAAAUCGCGAUUCCGUAUCGAAUGUUUCCGAUGCAAGCAUUUCUGUCAACAGUACUCCUAUUCAGUCACCCAACCAAGACAGUGAUGACGAUGCCGAAAAACGAAAACAAUUAAGCACACAAGCACGUAAAAACUUGGACGCGAUGCUUGCUUGUUCGCGUAAGAAUAAGGAGGACUGUAUGGCAUGCAGCUCCUGA